CUGCCUCUCCUUAGAUUGAAGAUGGCUGAGGCCCAGCUGUUUGUGUCACAGGACGAGUUCACCUGCUCGGUGUGUCUGGACACCCUGACUGACCCAGUGUCACUGCAUUGUGGUCACAGUUUCUGUCUGAAGUGCCUCACAGACUGCUGGGAUCAGAGCCAAGUGUGCAGCUGUCCUCAGUGCAGACACACCUUCACCACAAGGCCUGAGCUGAACAGAAACACUCUGCUGAAUGAAGUCAUCAAGAAAUUAAAGAAGACGGCACUCAGUCCUCCUUUGUCUCAGAAUUAUGCUGGUUCUGGAGACGUGGAGUGUGACUUCUGUACUGGGAAGAAGUUCAGAGCGGUGAAGUCCUGUCUCACCUGCUUGGCCUCUUUCUGUCCGACUCACCUGCAACCUCACCUUGAAGGAGACGCCCUGAAGCACCACAAGCUGGUUGAUCCUGAUGGAAAUCUGAAGGAGAAACUCUGUGAGAAACAUCAGAAAAGUCUGGAGAUGUUUUGCAUAACUGAUGAUUCCUUUAUCUGCAUGAUGUGUGCUGUGACUGGACAUAAAAAUCAUGAAAUGCUCGAGCUGGAGGCUGAAAGAGAAGAAAAACAGAAACAUCUGGGAGUGACGCUGAGUGAAAUCAGGAGGAGACUUGAGAAGAGAGAGAAGAAACUGAAGGAGACGAGGAGGGUAGUGGAGCAGAUGAAGAUUUCAGUGAAAAGAGAGGUAGAGGAAAACGAGAAGAGCUUCACUACUCUGAUACGGCGCAUUGAGGAAGCCCACAGAAAAAUGACUGAGAGGAUCAGAGAACAAGAAAAGAGAGAAACGGAGAAGGCUGAAGGAGUCAUUGAGCAACUAGAGAAGGAGAUUGAGGAGCUGAGGAGGAGAGAUGCUCAGCUGAAGGAGCUUUCAGAGACCAAGGACCAUCUCCACUUCCUACAGACUUUCUCAUCUCGCUGUGUCCUUCCUGCUGAUGGAGACUCACUGAGUUUCACUGUCACUGCUGAUUUCUCAUCUGAGGACCUGAGAAAGGAGCUGUCAGGUCUGACAAAGACUGUGGAGAAGAUCAGCCAGUGGGACAUCAUGACAAGGACUCCAUCAGGUUGUAAAGCUCAAAAUUUCACCCUACACCCUGCUGAACCUCAGAGCAGAGAGGAGUUCUUGCAAUACUUCUGUCCCCUCACACUGGACAUCAACACGGCACACAAACGCCUUCGUCUAUCUGAAGGGAACAAGAAGGUGACAUGUGAGAGGACAAAAGCCGAAUAUCCUGAUCAUCCUGACAGAUUUGACUACUGGGGUCAAGUUCUGUGCAGAGAGGCUCUGACUGGGACUCGCUGUUACUGGGAGGUGGAGUGCAGUGGAGACUUCAUGAGGAUUGGAGUCGCAUAUAAAGGACUGAGCAGGAAAGGAGAUGGCGUGGAGUGUGGCAUUGGAUACAACGACAAGUCCUGGAGUUUGGUGUGUUCUCAUUCCCAGUACUCCGUGUGGUACAAUAUGAAGAGGACUCUAAUCAGCGCCCCCUACAGCCCCAGAAUAGGUGUGUAUCUGGACUGGCCUGCUGGCUCUCUGUCAUUUUAUAGCGUCUCACACACAAUGACCCUCCUGCACAGGUUCAACACCUCCUUCACUGAGCCCCUCUAUCCAGGGUUUAGUGUUGAUCCUCACUGCAGUGUAACAAUCAGCCAUCUGACACCAUGUGACCACUGACCAGUACCCUCCACCAGUCAUUUGAUGUCCCCACAAGCUGAGGUCCUCUUUGUGUUUGUAGUUUGUGGUGACAUUAAAUUUACAGGAUGGGUGGGUUUGGCGGGUCAGCACCUCUGUGAUUGAAUUUGUGGAUGAGAAUGCGGGGCGAGUGCGGCUGUCAGGGUCUCCAUUAUCAUUGGGUUUGAGUAGCCAAUCAGGUGUGAGUGUGUGAUAAUGAGGGGCGGUGACACCUAAGACCUACAAAUACCAGUCUGACCAGCAGGGGUCACUGUUGAUUCACAGCCACAUGUCCUUCAGGCUGACACCCCAACAUCUACUGAGGCCCCCAAGUGUCACUGAAUGUCACUUGUUAAGUUGGACAGGCGUGUGGUCCUUCUAGAUCAGCACAACUGAAAGGCGCUAUACAGACUCAGUAUGGAGAGCUCUUGAAUAGUGACUAUAUGUAGGAGCAGAGAGUGACAGAUGGGACUGGAGUGUUGUCCACUCACCAGACAUGUUGUGACCCUCCAUUGGUCACUCAAAGGGUCCUUCACUUCAAAAUGAAUUCACUGUGAAUGUCUGAAGACGAGGACUCACAAGUCAGUCAGAUGUCAGCCAUACUGACAGAGUUUGGUGUUUAGUUGAUGUCACAUUAAACUUUAAACUGCACCUCCUCCUUGUCCCCAGAUUUGUCACUCUUGGUACCCUUAAAGCUCCUACAUCUUCAAAAAUGAGUUCCUGGUCAGUUGGCACACACUUGACAUGGGUGCACUUUUACAAGAAAUUGAUGGAGAUUUUCAUGGGGAAGGGUAGGUGUGUGGACUUCAUUUAGAAGUAAUACAUUUGAAGGCUGCAGAGCAAAUGCGCUCACUGUGCUCUCUCUCGCCGCUGUAAAUGUAACGUUCUUUAUUAGUCAAUUGUGAACCUUACCGAUGUGUGUGUAAAAAAUGAUGAAGAGAUAUGAAACAUAACAGUAGGCAGUGUGCAUGAUGCCAACUGAAGAGUGAAUAAGCUAUAUUUGUAAAUCUCACUCUGAAGGAGUCUGUGCCUCACCAGCCAUGAACCUCACCACACGUCACUGGUCCCCACAAAUACGUAUACUCCCAUCAUACUUUGGAGCUGCCCAUUCGGCGUACGACACUGAGGUCGAUAUACCUUGUUAUACUGAGAGGUCCAACUAUUAAUCCACUGCACCUCCAACUGCACAGGACACAGGGCUUGCCUUAGAAAACUUUGGAACAGCACUGCCAGAUACAAUACAUUUAAUAAACCUUUAUUCCUUUAUACCUUUAAUAAACCUUAUUUCUCCAUCACAAA